UGUAAUUCCAGAACUACCCCUAGGAUUUCAGUGAAAGAGAGGAGAAGAGAGAGAAAGUGGAGUUUCCAUGGCUGUUGCUGCUAUUUCCUACGUUACAACAACAACAACAGUUAUUACUAUAAGAUGCCCUAAUUACAAUAUCCAUCAGAAGAAGAACAAGUUCGGAUUUUGCAGUCAAAGAAACUCUCAGUUUUCUUCAAUCAACAAUGGAAAAACAUCAACAACAUUGUCCAUCAUCACCUGUUCUGCCUCCAACAAGCCCUCCUCAUCUUCUCCUUCUCCAAUCAGUUCUACAGCCAAGAUACGAAGUGAAGUUCUGUCUCCCUUUCGAACCGUACGGAUGUUCUUUUAUCUUGCUUUCAUUGCCAGUGGUGCUCUUGGAGGAUUAAUAGCCACCACACAAUUGAUUGCUGCACUAACAAAUUCAUCAAGAGCACCCUUAGUCCCUGACAUUUUGAAGGGUCUUGGCAUAGACAUUGGAGCAGUGGCUAUUUUUGCAUUCCUAUAUUCUAGGGAAAGUAGUGCUAAGAAUGCACAAUUGGCUAGGCUCACAAGAGAGGAAAGCUUAUCAAAUCUCAAGCUCCGUGUGGAUGAAAAGAAGGUUAUUUCUGUCAACGAUUUGAGAGGGAUUGCUCGUCUUGUCAUCUGUGCUGGCCCUGCACCCUUCAUUGCAGAGUCUUUCAAACUUAGUCAACCUUUCACUCAGGGUCUUUUGGAUCGAGGGGUGCUUGUGGUGCCUUUUGUUACAGAUGGAGAAUUACCUAGUUUUGAGUAUGAAGAAAGUGAAGAGAUGAAGGAUAUAACCAUCAAAAGGAAGAGACUCUGGCAGCUAGUUCCUGUUUAUGUGUCUGAAUGGUCCAAGUGGUUAGAUGAACAAAAGAAGCUGGCUGGUGUCUCCCCUGAAUCUCCAGUGUAUUUAUCCCUACGAAUGGAUGGCCGGGUACGUGGCAGUGGUGUUGGUUACCCUCCUUGGAACGCCUUUGUUGCACAACUACCACCAAUAAAGGGAAUGUGGACAGGUCUUCUUGAUGGCAUGGAUGGAAGAGUUCUUUGAAUAAGAUCUCCUUUUUCCUGUUUUACAAAGAUUCAAUUAGAGCCUUAAGGACCAUUAAGAGAAACAAAGAUUCUGUCAAGAGAAGAGAAAAAGAAGCCUCAAUCAUGUGUCACACAUUUAAUAUGGAUUACUGGUGCUUUCUUAUGGUGGUGGAAUUGGUUUAUCCCUUACAGAUUUACCAUGGAAGAACUCACAAUGUCAUGCAGCUUAUACCGGCAACUUUGCUGUAGUCCAAGAUGUGGUUCGAUGGUUCAUGCGAAGCCUGCAGAAACUGAAUUACAAGUUCCAUUGGAUAUACAAACAUUGAUCUAGUAACUAUCACACAUAUCACCCUACUGAUUAAGGUGUUUCAGAAAACUCUUACUCCAGGAAAUUUUUGCUUCUUGUGAACAAUGCAAUUUGUGUAUUGUUGUAAAGCCAGCAAGUUAGAUCCAAGUUCCCAUAAAUUUUGAAACAGACAAUUCCAAAUUUGGAUACUCUGUUCUUGGUUUGUGUUUGCUUGUUUCUUCAUUUCAUAACUCAUAUGGUGGAUAUGAACCAUUAGCAUAGUCAUUAUCAAAUAUCCAACUUUGACAUAAAAAUAGUUGUUAAUUUGUUAUGUACAGAAGUGUAACUCAUUUAGUUAUUGUAUCUUCUGCAUUUUGAAUGUUGCUUUCUAGAUUGUAAGGGCAAAUAUUAAGGCAUUUUUUUUCAA